CAAACCUACGAGGGUAGGGCAGUAGACAAUUACUUCAACGCGCCAAACGCAAACACUUAGCGAUUGAACCAACUUUGUCCUGCUGAAAUCUCUUGCCGGUUGCUCCCCUUCCACCAAUUGUUCUGUCUAGCUAGAAUCCCGCUCUCCAUACACAACAUGUCCAAACCGCACAUUGUAGAUGACGAGGAAGUUGAAACGCUCAACUUACUCGCCAAAAAGGUGCUUCUGGGCGAUGCUAAGAAAAGGGAGAAAAGGGGGAAUAGAGAUCGCGUUCACUUCCCAGAAAAAGAGCCAGAUACUGCUCCACCUGGUGACGAGGCCGAUACUCAUGACCCCGCCGGAGAGGCUUGUGUGGAGGAGAGCUCACCUGUGGUGAGGAAGCGGGUUCGCUUUCUAGUUGAAGUCCUGCCCGCGAGAAAGUCGGAUUCUGUAGUUCCGUUCAACCCUAAGCCGCCUCCGCCUCCACCACCACCUCCCCUUCCAGCUUCAUUCUGGAAUAGUGAACCCCAACCUAUAUCUAACAAACUUCCUCCUCUACCUCCACCUCCUCCGCCUUCUCCACCACCUCCUCCACCUGGAUUUUGGGACACCCCUCUACAUCCACAACCUAUCUUCACUCCGGCUGAUGAUGGCGAUGCAUAUAUCAACAAAGCAGCCUUUAAGCUAUAUACAAAAUUCAUGGACGAACUUGCCGAGUUCGCCGAGCUGCAAGGCGAGGUACUCAGGAAACGAGUCGACGCGCAAGAGAAGCGAGCUCAAGCGCGGAUAUUCAGGGAACAGAUACGCCAGUGCGAUUCAGAACUCUUUAAAUAUCUCCGUCGCUCUGUGGUUAAUGAGGGUAUUAAGGGGGAUCAAGAACUCGAACGACUCUUUGGAGCGGCACAACGUGCUCGAGACCAACUCGUACCUUUUGACGACAUUCAUGAAGCCGUGGAUGUUGAGCUCGGAGCGGCGGAAUUUGCUUUGACGGAGCAUUAUGCUACCCUUGAAUCCCGCUACGAGAACUUUUUUAAGCUUCGGGCAGGGUCUACAUCCACGGCCGGAAUUGUCCCGUCAAGUAUAUCAUUCGAAAAGUCGUCAGAAAAUGAGGGCGACGAAGACAGCGAAGAAGAGAUUGAGCCAAGACAUUACACAUUAUUCCAUGGGGCGAUUUUAGGAGACCGAGUUAAAGUUGGUGAGGUCCCGCUUAUGGUGGAUACUUUUCUGGAUGGAUCUCGCAAGUCCACACCAACACCGAAAUCUGCGGGGACAACUUCACGCCGGCCAAUGACAACUCGAAUAAAGAGCACAGAUGGAUACACGGAACCUCUAGGGCUAUCACGGAGACCCGUACAGUCAUUUACCGAGGACGUGGCAACAUUACCUAGGAGUAAAAUCCAUAAGCUAAGAGACGAACUUCUCCCACACGAUUUGGAGCCAUUGCAAGAUUUGGCUUCUAGCAAGGACAUUGCUGAAAUGCUCCGAGGCAUAGGGGGAGCUCUUAUGACUACAUCAGAGCACACAGACCUUUUCCUCGAAAGUAUGACUCUGGAAGAAUAUGUGGUAAUGGAAGAUAUUGCCUCUGACAUUCCAGAGCGACCCGAGGACACAAUCUCCAUCGAUCCUUUAUCUGGUGAUGGAGAUAGCCUCCUGCUUCUGGACACGGAUAUGAGAACAAAAUCUACGCUGAGCGAAUACCUUCUAAUAUUUAAUAGCACACGCGAUCGAGUCAACAAGUGGCUUUUGCAUAAGCUUCGAGUUUCGCCCUUCGAGAUUUUCGAGCUACGGUGGCAGGUCUCCUCACGCAAUGCAUAUGUUCCAGACUGGGAAUGUUCGGUACUUGAUCUUUGGUAUAAGGACGCUUUAGGUCUUAGCCAGGCGCAUGCACAAGGCUCUGAAGAGGAAUCUGUUGUCACUCCACCACCCUUCUAUGCUAUCACUCCGCGGGGCCGCCGAGCUAUUAAAUCAAAGCAAAUCGGACCACGAUCUCCAAGCUCAAAUGCGAUCUGUGGAUCAAGUCAAGCGGGAACGCAACCUAAUCUCCAAUCAUAUCACUUAGUUCCAGAUUCAAUACCUAAGGUCAUCUAUGAUUCCCAGCAUUCCCCUUAGAAGGACUCUGUUGCAUCCCGCAUACAUACAGAAUAUUUCAAUAGAGGCUCCUUUACUUCUAGGAUUAGGUUUUUCGCGUCAGUUACAAUACCCACAUCUUCAUUCAGUGGGCGUUAAGUUAAUAGAAAGAACGUCCUGGUCAUUAUGCAGUUAUCCCAUCUUAGCUCGAGGAAUACUACGCUUGGCGUGGGGCG